AUGACAGAUCCACACAAGGAUUUAUAUCCGUGGAUCCUCUGGUACAUUUGGAAAGCCAGAAACGACAAGAUUUUCAACGGGAAAGAAAUUUCCUCGGAAGAUACCUUGAUUCAUGCUAGAGUGGAAGCGGAAAGCUGGAGAAUCGCUAACCGAUCAGAAGAAGACGACGUGGAGUUUGAAAGCUGUGUUCCCCAAUCCUCCCCACCGAGACACCCUACCGAGUUCUGGCGCUCUCCGUUAUGCCGUGUUGAUGCCUCCUGGAUCGAUCACGGUUCGGUGAGCGGACUCGGUUGGUGUUUCUUGGAUGGCAUCGGAAAUGAGACAGUAGAAGCCCAGGGAUGUCGAAGAAGCCUUUCCGCUCUUCACGCCGAGAUGGAUUGCUUCCUUUGGGCUAUGUCUAGCCUGAGAGAAAGAGGAAAUCUUUCGGUUCACUUUCAAUCCGACUGUUUGGAUCUUGUGAGCAUGGUUGGUUUACCAGCAGAUUGA